AUGAUGAAAUAAGACCAAGAUAAGAACAUCUGGGAAUGGGUUCCUUGCAAUUAUGAUAUCAAAAGAAUUGUAAAGGAUACUCAGACUUCUUGGAAUUUGAGUCCUUAAAUUUCACUUAAGAUUCCGACUGAGAAUGGGACCAUAGAUCCCCUCAUCAACAUUAAGAUUGACCAAAGUAGACCUUUCAUAUACACUGACAACUUGGGUUGGAAUUGGCAUAAGAGUUGGAACCUUCCAGAUAUUGGUUUAGAAAUGGAAGUAUUAUUUUAUGUGUUACAACACCAAAUAGAUUACAGACCCGUUGACGAAUGAGCGUCUAGCCCCUCCGAACAAUAUUUAUGUAACCAUCGAAUUAUUAGCAAGUGUAAACUGCAAAUUGUGAAGCCAAUCAUAACUCCGAUGAAAACUCAUCAUCUGCUGGAAGUGGGAGCCAAAGGAAACCUCAAAGUGGACAUGGAGAACGGGAAGUGCAUCUUCUCGGGCCUUAAGUUUAAUACCACUUCCUAUAACCACGAUGUAACAAAGUUUAAAUAUAGUUCAGCAUUAACGAUUCCAUAUCGUGAUAACCCUAUAUUUGUGUCAGAGCAAAUUUGAAUUUCCUCAGAUCUUAGAUUCUCGUAUAUCACCUCCCAUUUUUGUGGAUUCCCGCAAAUCCGCUCGAGAUAUUGUGAAACAGAAGGUAAGUCGACCUAACUAUUACAUAGAUCCAAAAACUGUAAUCGUAUUUCGAUCCCUUCUUGCCCAACAAUUUGGAGAAAUAGUUUCUGAUCAUCAAACCCCAGAACUCAGAAGUCAUUAAAAAUUCUAUCGAUGGACUCAUCAACUAUUUCACCGCCCCAAAUAUUCGGCACAAGGUCAAGCAUCCAAUCUUCUUGCUUCUUAAAUUCAGUGCUUGCAUCUCGUUGUAUGUAAAUUCUGCCAAAAUCAAGUUUACUGAGGUAAUGUACUGAAUCAUUCUAUUUUAUCUUAGCCAGACAAUUUAAUCUAAACACUACAACAUGUUCUUUCUACUAGCAAUGCAUUACAAGGAAUUCAAAAAAUAGAGUAGAAACUCAUCAUAUUAUAUAUUGAUUGUAAGAGCAACGAAGCCAAAUAUCAAUAGAAUAUGAAAAAGAUCCAAGAAUUCCUUGAUCCUCUCAACAAUGAUUGCGUCUAAGUCAUUAUGGAUAUCAAUGAUGUCCCCAAGGGAUUCACCCAAGUUGAAAAUCUAGUACUUUUUAUCGUUUACAUCAUAGGAUGAACUCCAAGGAGCAUACCAUAGAGUUUACAACUCCUUAUUAAAAUACAAAAGGGAGGACGAUUAAAUCGAUUAAGAAUAAUUAGAAGAAGAGUAUAAUGCAAAAAUCCCAGAAAAAAAGAAGAAAAAAGAACUUAAAGAACCUGAGUAACUGGUUAAUCCUGAGAGAAUAAGAAAAAUUAUUCACAUUUCAGGUACUCUUCCUAACCAAAGUUCACAUUCGAUGCCUGAACAAGAAAGUGUAUGCAUUUAUUACUAAUCCUCUAGAACCCUAUCAAAUUGGAACAAUUCUCUAUACCCAAUAAUGUCUAAUUGAGACUUCCAACCCAAGAAUAAUCAUAAUAGUACUUACAGCAAUAGCAACUCUAAUAACAACAAUUACAAUAGAACUUAACCUUCAAUCCUGCGUCCUUAUGGUUAUACCUAUAAAAACUUCCUUCAUGAAUUAAAAGUUUAUAAU